AUGAUCGAGGAAAUUGGUAGAUCCCAAAUUGUUAAUAACUGUAACCAACUGCAGAAAUGGAAAUUCCGGAUGAAAAUGACCCGGAUAUUUUCGACCCGGAAUGCGACCCUAACAAUCCACGCGCCAUUAAUUUCCAUCAAAUUCUGGAAGCUGCCGAACGCAUAAAGGGGAGUGUACAGCCGACAACUUGUGCAGUAUGACAAUUUUACCAAUACGCUAUUUUUAGCGAUCGCGUCUGUCAGCUAGGUACGGCAUGGAAUUGUACUUUAAGAAGGAGUUCGAGCAUUUAACCGGCAGUUUCAAGGAACGUGGAGCAUGUAACACGCUCAGUGCAUUCACGCCUGUAAGUGCCCUUUAUACAUAUCUCCACUUUUCACCCUCUGGUUGGCUUUCGUGAAUAAUUUUCCGUCACUAAACCACAUUCAACUGGUUUACUUAGUCAUAGUUAACAAAUUUGUACGGCUUGCUCAUCAAAGACGACGGCAAAUGCAGUUUGUGCAUGAUUUGCUUUGUGCCGUAUACACAGCAAUCUUCUGACAGCUUUCGCCAGACGGCAUACCCGGUAGAAAACAUUCCAAGCAUUCAAUGGGAUGUUUUUAUUAAAGGAUGUAUGGGUAUCAAAAAUAAUCAUUUUGUGAGAAUAUUGAUAUGCCCUUUUUAAUUUUAGCACGUAGGUACAACCGUUUGUCACUUAAAUCGUAUCUGCACUAUCUUCAUACCUUUUGUGGUAGCCAACUUGUAAAACGGAUAGAUUAAUUAAUUCAUAAUAACGUUGGACAUACUUGUAAUCAACGUCGAAUUAUGCAAACCUACUCAAGAGUACAAAUUUUCACCCAGCCAUCCUAGACGGUAGGACUCACUUUCAUUCUCGUCUUCUGAGGCCUAGCCUACCGCUUUUGGUUAUUUUGUACCCAGCAGUUACUUUUUCAUUUUAUGUCUAUUAUUGAAGGAACAAAAACGCAUAGGAGCUAUUUCCGCCAGCACAGGGAACCAUUCGUCCGCGAUGGCUUUACAUGCACAAAAAUUAGGCAUACCCGUGACGGUUGUCAUGCCCACUAUAGCGCCACUUCCAAAAAUCAACAACUGUCUCGCUUUUGGUGCAAGAAUCAUUUUGAAAGGAAAAACCAUAAGUGAAGUGAGUCUUUAGAUUUCUUCUCCUUGCGCGUUCUCUCAAGUCUAAGCGAUAACAAUCCACCAUCUCACAUAUAUGUUUAGUUUUUUCAUCGCCGUACUCAGAUGACGUUUAUGAUAUUUUAGGCCCGCCGAGUUGCUUUGAAACUUGCCCGUCAACACGGCUACACUUACGUUAAUGGGUAUGUAAGCUUAGAUUUCAUUGUCUACACAUACGUAAACUUUUUAUACUGGAAAAAGCUAAUUCGCAACAUAUUUUGGAUGAAACGAAGAUUUUUAUUAAUUUAUUUGAUACCUAGGUACGAUCAUCCGCAUAUUCUUGCUGGACAGGGCACGAUCGGUUUGGAAAUCCUCCAGCAGGUUCCAGAUGUGGACGCUAUUAUUGUUCCCGUUGGUGGCGCCGGUCUCAUUGCAGGCGUUGCGUGUGCAGUUAAAAAACUAAAGCCUAGUGUCAAGGUUUAUGUACGUGGCUCCUUGUAUUCAAGCAAGAUCAGCACUACCAUUUUUUGGAUAUGUAAUCUUACUUUGCAUGUUACCUAGGGUGUUGAGUCCGACCAAUGCCCUUCCUUCUCCAGAGCUUGGGCUGCCGGGAAACCUGUUUACACUCCUUGCGACAGCACGCUAGCAGAUGGUGGGAUGUCUUCGUUUUUCACUAAUUGCUUCUUCAGGUCUGCUUGUGCCUACUGUCGGUGUCAAUGCACUGGAAACAUUGAAACCGUUGUUGGAUAAAAUUGUGGCAAUUGACGAGAGUUUUGUCAUGCGAGCUAUUCUUGAACUGCUGGAAAUGGAAAAAUCAGUUGUCGAGGGUGCUGGGGCUAUUGGCUUUGGUGCCAUAAUUGCAAACACCUUCCCUGAGCUGAAAGGGAAAAAGUGAGUACAUUCUUAUUUAUUGGUUGAAAUGUGAAGACGCUAGUGGUUUCACACUAUCGGACAUUUGUCUCUUAUUUCUUUUAGGGUGGUCUGCCUUUUGUGUGGUGGCAAUAUUGACUCGGUUAUUCUUGGCAAAGUCAUUGACAGAGCCCUUGCAGUCGAAAGUCGUCUGGUACGCUUUAAAGUAGGCAUGAUGGACAAGGCUGGUGGUUUAGCAGACCUCUGUAAUAUGCUUCGGGAUCUGGGAGUUUGGUAAGUCAACAUUUAGUUUUCUGUUUUCCGUUCUGUUUUCAAAUGGCAUUGCAAGAAUUCAUUUAUUUCUUCAACUAGUCUAAUACACAGAGCAUGCUUAUGAAUCAACUCCAAAACUCAAAUGGCUAUCUGAAAUAAUUGGCUGGUAUUUAUUAUUUAAUUUUAUUACAUUUCUUGCCUUGUUUUUUCAGCAUACGCGAAGUCUACCACGAUCGGUGUUUUUUCAAAUCGGACAUUUUUAAAACACAAGUGAAGUGUAUCGUAGAAACUCGUGAUGAGGCCCAUGCAAAGCAACUUCAUGAUGCCCUUGUUCAAACUUACGAGGAAGUGAAAUGGAAGUCUCCACAGGUUUGA